AACGCGGCGGCUAGGGGCACAUUCGACGCAGUGCUGUUACCAAAGUGAAAGAUGAUAAACGAAAGUUCUUAUGUGAUAAUGACUGUUUAAGGCUCCUUGUUCACCUUAUCCUCAGUACUUCCAUUGGAGACAAGAGGCUCUUGUGGUAAAUGUAACAGAGGAAUUGUAAAGACUGAGUACGGUAUAAACAAGUUUAAAUAGAUGCCAAGACACACACAUACAGUCUUGUGCUGAGAGUGAGUGAUCGAGCUGUGUUACUCAGGAAGGAAGGAUACAACAUGGGGUUUCUCAGGCAGCUCUAUCUCUUGGUCUGGAAAAACUUCACUUCAAGAAAAAGACAGAAGAUUCGGAUACUGAUAGAGUUACUCUGGCCGUUGGUAAUCUUCAUCAUUCUUGCAGCAGUCAGACGGGACGAGCCUCCCGAGUUCAGACAUGAAUGUCAUUUUUCCGCCAAAGCGAUGCCAUCAGCCGGCAUGGUUCCUUUCCUUCAGUCUCUCAUGUGUGAUACUCUAAACUCAUGCCGAAAAGAGGAGUUGGAGAGCGAUGUCCCAGGGAAGGUCAAUGACUUCUCACAAGCAAAGUUAUCAAUUCUUAUAGAAGACAUUGAGAAAAUUCUAGGAAACAAGACGUUUGUAGAUGAUGUAGAGAAGAUUUUGAUCCAGCUAGGGGAUCUGGAGCGCCAGGGAGACUGGUGGAAUAGGGGCAAUAACUGGUGGGAUCAGGCACAGGGGCAAAUAAACACCGGUGGCCCUUCGUUACCAGAUGCUUCAUCUUUGAGUGGUUUAAUAGACGACCCAGAGGCGGUGCGUAGAUACCUCAAGAGCCAAGUGGGUCUGUCACCUGAUGUUGUCGAUGCCAUCCUCAACUCACAACCAAACCCUGCUGAGCUCUUUGCAUUGACUGAUCCAACCACCCUCUCACUGGCAUGUGAAUUUGGAACGCUUGGAGACCUUUUUGGUAUUGAGGAUCCAGAGCUACGAGCGAAGACCACUGAAGAACUGUGUGCCUUGAACAGGGAGCAGUAUACAGAAAUUGCUCAAGAACUCCUCACGCACAUAGACCCCUCGGCAGUUGCCGCACUGACGGGUACUUCAUCAAAUAGUACAUCUACAGGUUCAGUCACAUUGUCUGAUAUUUUGACGGACCCUGCAGCUUUUGAGGAACUUUUAAGCAGUGACCUAGGGAUUAAUCCUAAUGUGACUGAGGAGCUGAUAAACACCCCUAUUAAUCCUCGAGAGCUUCAACUGUUGCUUCAAGGCAGUGGAAUGCAUGAUACUGUAUGCAACGAGACUGCUCUGGGUGAGAUCAUCCAGCCUCAGAACCCGGAGGAUCUGGAUGAUAUCAGCAGGGUCCUCUGUAACCUGACCAGUAGCCAACUGGAUGAGUUCUCGAAGGAUCUCUGGCAGUCAUUAGACAAACAGAAAUUUAUUGAUUGGGCCAGGAAUAAUUCAGAUGUACCAUCUAAUGUUUACGAUGACAUCAGACAAAUAAUGCAAGAGAUUCGAGAGCUGGAGAGUUUCAAGAACCUGACCACAGAGAUUGAGGAUAUCCUCAAGAGCAACGACACGGGCAAGCUCAUCUGCGGAGACCUGCCCUUCCUGGGCUUCAGUGUGCCGAGUUUUGAACAGGAUGCCCAGAAGCCCCCACCGCCCCCAGCAGGACCAGGAGAAGCCCUGGAGCCUGUGGAUGCCCUGGAGCCGGUGGAUCCGGAGGAGUCAGUAGAUCCAGUAGAUCCCCCAACGUUCCCUCCCAUAUCAGAUGAUCUGGGGGACAGAGAUGACAAUAAUACCAUUCCAGGUACAGAGCGAUGUCCUUGGCUUGUCGAUCUCCUACAAACAGGCUCAGGGAACACCAAACAGACUCAGUACAUCCUAUCACUCUUCCUACCUCUCAUCCAAGGGUACAUCUUCUACACACCCAACACCACUGCAACCAGGCAGAUCAUGGAAAAGGCUGAUGAGAUGUUCAACAGUUUGAGAGAUAUGAAAGACUUAGCUGAGAAAUGGACAGAAGUAUCACCUUGCAUCAGAGCUUUCGUUGAAAACCAGGACCUCCGUACCAUGGCCACCUGUUUGAACCGAUCCAGCGAGGGCCUACCCCCUUUCCCUGACAAUCCACCCGAUCUACCAGUCACGGCGCUUCCAGGGGGCAUCCCUCUACCCUCUAACUUCUCCACGGUGGUGCCUCCCACCCUCCGGAAUAACUCUUUCCUACCAGACCUGUUUGGGAACAACACGGAGGAUAUUCUGAACCUCCUGGAUGCCAUGGACAGCUUGGCCAACACCACUCUUGCGAUUCUGAAGUGCUUUGAACUAGACAGAUUCCGUCCAUACAAGAGUGAAAUGGAUCUUGUUGAGGAUGCCAAGAUUCAUAUUGAAAAUUUCACAUUCUGGGCCGGGAUUGUGUUUACUAACAUUGAUGAUGAUCCAGAUAGCAGUUACAUUCCUCCUCUUCUAGACUACAAGAUCCGCAUGGACUCUGCUUUCAGUGAAAGUACCACAAGGCUCAUGGAUGGGUACUGGACACCAGGCCCAAGGAAGGGCAUCAGAGAUAGGAAAUACUUUGAGAGCGGAUUCAUCUUCAUCCAAGAUAUCCUGGAGCAAGCAAUCAUCAAAGUGAAGACUGGGAAAGAAGACCUCGGAGCAGGAAUGUAUAUCAAGCAGUUCCCAUAUCCAUGCUAUAUCAGUGAUCUGUUUGUCCAAUCUUUAUCUGGAGUUCUGCCUCUCUUCAUGAUCAUCUCCUGGAUCUUCUCGGUGGCGAUGAUCAUCAAGGGUGUCGUCUACGAGAAGGAGAGACGUCUCAAGGAGGUGAUGAAGGUGAUGGGGCUUAGCAAUGGGGUUCACUGGCUGGCUUGGUUCAUCGAUAGCUUCCUUGUCAUGUUCACCAGCUGCGUGCUCCUGGUGCUGGUCUUGAAGUAUGGAGCAAUCAUCACCUACUCUGAUGGAGGGAUCGUCCUCCUCUUCCUGGUCUCCUUCUGCAUAUCUACCAUCAUGCUGUGUUUCCUCAUCAGCGUGUUCUUCUCCAAGGCCAAUCUCUCGGCUGCCUGCGGAGCGGUCAUUUUCUUCCUCACCUACGUCCCUUUCACCCUGGUCAUCACCUGGGAUUCCUACUUGACCAGAGGAGCCAAGUUUGGUGUGUCUCUGCUGAACACCAUUGCCUUUGGCUACGGCUCCGUCUACCUCUCCCUCUACGAGGUUCAAGGAACAGGUGUCCAAUGGAACAACAUCAACACCAGUCCCUUGAAUGGGGAGCACGGCUUUACGUUCAUGCAGGUCUUGGCCAUGAUGUGGUUGGAUGCGUUCAUCUAUGGACUUUUGACGUGGUAUAUUGAAGCUGUCAAACCAGGCCAAUAUGGAAUGCCCAGACCGCUUUACUUCCCGUUCAUAUACAGUUACUGGUUUGGGCAUGGUAAAUCUAAGGAUAUUGAUGGAGAGCGUAUUGAUAUGAGUCAUGCAAGGUUUAGAGGUGCACCUAACUCUGACUUUGAGGCAGAUCCUGCCCACCUACCCCUUGGUGUGGCGAUCCGUCAUCUGCUCAAGAUCUACUCUACCGGUAAGAAGCUUGCUGUAGACAACCUCAGUGUGAAUUUCUACGAAGGACAGAUCACCUCGUUCUUGGGCCACAAUGGAGCCGGCAAGACCACAACCAUGUCCAUAUUGACUGGUCUGUUCCCGCCAACGGAAGGCACGGCUUACAUCUAUGGGAGGGACAUCCGUACCAGUAUAGAUGAGAUCAGACAGAGUCUAGGAAUGUGUCCCCAGCAUAACGUCUUGUUUGACAAGUUGACUGUUGCGGAACAUCUUUGGUUCUACGCCCGUCUCAAGGGUGCUACUCCUAAUGAUGUUGCCAUAGAGAUGGAACAGAUGUUACAGGACUUGAACCUGCCUCAUAAGAGAGAUGAAUACUCUGCCAAUCUUUCAGGUGGCAUGAAGAGAAAGCUGUCCAUAGCCAUUGCCUUCAUGGCUGGCUCUAAGACUGUCAUCUUAGAUGAACCUACUGCUGGAGUAGAUCCUUACGCUAGGAGAGAGAUCUGGGACCUUCUCAGCAAAUACAAGACAGGCCGAACAAUCAUCAUGUCCACGCAUCACAUGGACGAGGCCGACAUCUUGGGAGAUCGCAUCGCUAUCAUUGCUAAGGGCAAACUGAGAUGUUGCGGAACGUCUCUGUUUCUCAAGAGUCAUUUUGGCUCUGGGUAUUACCUGGUGCUGACAAAGAAGACUGGAGAAUAUGGGCUCAAUAGGAAUGCGGAUGAUGAUGUUGCACCGCUUAAUCUAAACCCUGAUGAUAAGACCGAUGGUGAUGUGAUCCAUGCUGAGAAAGCAAGCGAAGCUGGAGAUGUACCAGAUCUUGGGUAUUGCAGCGUGGCCGUCAUCACAGCCUUCAUCAAGAAGUUUGUUCCCAAGGCAACGGUGGCUGAGAACAUCGGGACCGAGAUCUCCUUCCAGCUCCCUCUCUCAUCGGCACGCAAUCAGAUGCUCUCAAAGUUAUUCAGAGAACUAGAGAUGAACAUGGAUAAACUGUACAUCAGCAGCUACGGCCUCUCUGAUACGUCAUUAGAAGAGGUGUUCUUGGCCGUGACAGAAGAGAAUGAGAUGGUAGACAUGGAGCCAGGCUGUACCGACAUAGCAACAGAUGGAGGCAGGUUGCCACGCCCAUUCAUGGGGAGGGGUAGCAUCAGGAGGAGGCAUUAUAGAAUGCCAUCGGCAUCUUCUAUCAAUCUUAGCAUCACUGAUGAGAACCAAGGGCUGCUGGCUAAUGAUGUUACUGAUGCUGUCCACCAGGAGGCCAUGGCUCACCCUGCCCAGACGGAGCCAGUCCGGGACGUUACUCAAGACGGUGGGGAUGCUGGAGAGGAUGAUCAGAAUUCAACUCCCAUGACGCCAUUCCAGCGUGAAACCAUGCAAACUCAAAAAGCGCCGACCGAUGCCAUUGACUCAGAGCCUCAGGGAGCCGUGGCCAGCAGUGUACCCCCAAGGGUCAAAGGUCACAGCAGGAACAAAGGCCACGCUCGUCAGGUCAGCUUCAGUCAAAUCGAUGUACAAGCAAGUGUGAACAGCUCUCAGACCCCAGAUAGCUCAAGCAAGUCAAGUGUGAAAGGUCAAACAAAGGGCAAAGGUCAUGCCCGGCAAGUGAGCUUCAGUCAACAAGAGGCUACGGUUCUAGCACCACCAGUCCAUGCUCAUGAAGUCCUGGACCUUAGCGACAAGAGGGUGACAGGACUAAAGCUGGUCCAGCGACAGUUUUCAGCCCUCUUUUUCAAGCGAUUUCACCAUGCCCGACGCAGCAAGAAGGGUUUCAUUGCUCAGGUCAUUCUUCCAGUUGUCUUUGUCUGCUUCUCCAUGUUGUUUGCGACCUUGAUCCCUCCCAUCCAGCAACCAUCAGCCCUCCGUCUUGUUCCCUGGCUCUACGGCUCCAACAAUUACGUCUUCUACAGCCAGGAUAAUUCCAAUAACCCAGUCUCUGCCAGGAUAGAAGAAGCCUUGGUCGAUGGACCGGGGAUCGGAGUGAGGUGCAUGCCGAACUCAGAUAUUGGCUAUCCCUGUGAGCCUCACAGAGCCACAGAAUGGGGGAAGCCCCACAAGCCAGCCUUCCCAGACUACCUGUAUGAUGACUAUGAGUCGAGGAAUCUGACCUGUGACUGUGAUAGAGGUUUCCAGUCAUGUGAUGUAGGAGCCGAGGGACCACCCCCGCCGACCAGAAUGGAAGCUUCCACCGACUUCCUCCAGAACAUGACCAGUGUGAAUGUCAGCCACUAUCUGGUCAAGACCAUGGAAGAUUUCAUUCUGAAUAGGUUUGGAGGGAUGAGUUUUAUCGAGGACAAUGAGGAUGCGCUCCUAUCCAUCAAUCAGAGCCGUCAGUUGAUCGGAGAAUGGAUGAGAGGAAAUGUUUCUUCUAGACCAGGCGAGGGCAGUCCAAACAGGGAGUUCUUGCCUUCAGGGGAUACCAUCAGGGAAAUUUAUGAGGUCCUCUCUUCUCUUACUACUCCUUCAAAUGUCAAGGUUUGGUGGGAUAACAAUGGAUGGCAUGCUCUGCCUAUCUUCAUGAACGUGAUGAAUAACCUACUCCUACGAGCCCACGUCGAUUCAGCUAACAGCAGCCUAUACCACGGGAUGACGGUUACUAACCAUCCUAUCAAUUUCACCAGCAGCCAGAUAGAUGAAGAGAUCAGGUCCAAAUCAUCAGUCAACUUGGCAGUGGCCAUGUUUGUCAUGUUUGCUCUAGCCUUUGUUCCAGCCAGCUUUGUUGUAUUCUUGAUCAGUGAGCGCACUUCCAAGGCCAAACACCUUCAGAUGGUGAGCGGCAUCAAUCCCACCAUCUACUGGGUCAGCAAUCUCUGCUGGGAUAUGGUUAACUACAUGAUACCAGCCAUCCUGACCAUUGUCAUCUUCCUUGCAUUCAGGAUGACGGCUUUCACCGGCGGUGAUAGCUUACCAACCAUCAUACUUCUCUUGUUGCUUUAUGGAUGGGCCAUCACUCCCAUGACAUACCCUGCAGCAUUUGUAUUCAAGGUACCCAGUACUGCAUAUCUUUCCAUGGCAUGUGGUAACAUGUUAGUAGGCAUCACCACUGUGACUUCCACGUACAUUUUAGAUUACCUUGGCACAGACGAUCAGUAUCUACAUAAUGUUAAUGAGGUUCUGAAAAGGGUAUUCCUGCUCUUCCCUCCGUACUGUCUUGGGCGUGGCCUGAUGGACAUGGCGUCCAAUGAACUGAAGGCUCAGGUUCUCAGUGAAUACACAGAUUACACAGCUCCCGAUCCAUUCCAGUGGGAUCAACUUGGAAAGAGUCUCUUUGCUCUCUUUAUUGAGGGCUUCGUUUUCUUCAUCCUGACUCUCCUCAUUGAAUAUAGAUUCUUCAUUACACCCAGGCAAGUUAAUCCUCCACCCAGCUUGUCUGAGCAAGAAGAUGACGAUGUUCAAAGAGAGAGGCAGAGGGUACUGACUGGAAGGGCCAUGAACGAUGUCAUCCGCAUUGAAAACCUUACCAAAGUUUACAGGACUAACAGAGGCCCUAUGACAGCAGUUGAUAAGAUGUGUGUAGGCAUUCCAAAAGGAGAGUGCUUUGGUCUGCUUGGCGUAAACGGAGCUGGCAAGACCACCACUUUCAAGAUGCUUACAGGGGACACCAGUGUGACCAGCGGGACCGCUCACAUCAAUACCUUCAGUAUCCUGGAUUCUAUGCAGGAUGUGAACAGGUCCAUGGGCUAUUGUCCUCAGUUUGAUGCUCUGGAUGACCUGCUGACUGGCCAAGAGCAUCUGGAGUUCUACGCCAGGGUGAGGGGAGUCGUUGAGGAAGAGAUACCAAAGGUUGCUGAUUGGGGUAUCCGCAAGCUUGGUCUGACAGAGUACAGAGAUCGGUCGGCAGGGACGUACAGCGGAGGCAACAAGAGAAAGCUCUCUACUGCUAUCGCCCUCAUUGGGAACCCACCAGUUGUAUUCUUGGAUGAGCCAACCACAGGGAUGGACCCCAAGUCAAGGAGAUUCCUCUGGAACUGUAUCACAAGCAUCGUCAAGGAAGGAAGAUCAGUGGUCCUUACUUCACACAGUAUGGAGGAAUGUGAAGCCCUAUGUACCCGGCUAGCCAUUAUGGUCAAUGGCAAAUUCAAAUGCCUGGGGAGCACACAACAUCUCAAAAAUAAAUUUGGUGAUGGUUACACCCUGACUAUACGGCUUGGAGGUGACGUCCCGCAGACUGCUGCCCUCGUUGACUUCAUGGAUGUGGAGUUUCCGAGCGCUUCCCUACGAGAGCAGCACUUCAACAUGCUAGAGUUCCAGCUGUCGUCCGCAGACACCAUCCUCUCCAAAGUCUUCCAAUACCUUGAGGAUAAGAGAUCGAGGUUUAAUAUUGAAGACUACUCGGUCAGCCAGACCACGCUAGAUCAGGUAUUCAUUAACUUUGCCAGUCAACAGAGGACUGGAGAUGAGACUACUGUUGAGUUGACUCUGUUCCCACCGUCGGCUAAUAACGUCCAGGCCAACAACAGAGUCGCCCUCUCUACAGACGGAGCAUCGGCCCGUUACAUUCCUACACCCCACGAACUGACCAGUAUCAACAGCAACGAUGUCCCUCUACAGCCAAAGAACACUAAUAUGAGACAUCAAAGACAACGUAGUGGCCAGCUCGAUAAGGUUACGGUCAAUUCCCUCUUCGCUGCCCCGCCCCCUCAGCCUAUGGCUGCCUCGUCGCCCAUAGCAACGGCACAUCCGCAGAACACUAAUAAGAUCAUGACGCAAUACGCGGGCUACAGCAAUCCCAUUUACGACGGCAAUGGCCCACCAACGGAACCGGUCGUCAGGUUCACGUCCACUGACCCCGGUGUGACUCCAGAGGGCGGUCUCCAGAUGGACGAAAUUGAUCUAUCAUCUCAGUGUUGAAAUAUAUUGACUUUAUUUAAAGCUUUCUCGCCUUGACAUUCUGAACACUCGACAGUGUGUGACCCUGUACUACUAUUGAAUUCAUGUUGACUUUCAUGGCACUGAGUGUGCCCUUUCAGAAAGAAUUUGAUUUUAUUCAACUGCGUCACAGAGAUGAUGCAAUAUUGACUUUCUGCUUUGAAAAUGGUUUAUGCUUUCUACUUCCGGUACACAGAAAUGAGACAUGUAGCCAGUUAUAUGAUUUUUAUAUACAUCAUUCUUCUUUAGGAACCUUGUACUUUUUAUUUUUAUAUCACUAGGGGCACAUAACCCAAAGCUUAGCAAUAAUCGUAGAACAUUUUUCUACGAUUGAUUCCAUUGACUACAAUGUACAAUCAUCGUGGAAAUUGAGUAUACGAUCAAUCGCUAACUUUUGUGUUACAGGACCUACAUGUAGGACUGCUAUUUUACCGUCUUUACUACAAACAUUCUUUUUCCUGAAAAUACUUAAUCGUAAUGCGCAAAUCCACAACAUUAUUAUAUCCUAUCUAAAUCAUUCUAUGUUUGUAUGUGCAGCAGAGGAAUAUAGCAUAGAUAAUGUGACAAAUGAAGUACUGGGUGAAAUGUAUGUUGAUCACCAAACCUUUGAAAUUUAACCAAUGGUUUUUGUAUUGUCCCUUGAAGCCAGCGUUAACAUCAUUUACUGUAUACUUCUUUCUGCAUUCUGAUGACAAUAUUCAGCUGUAUUCAUUUAUGAUUAGAUGUAUGUAUGAUUCGAUUUAGAUUCUUACAGGUGGAAUAAGAAGUCAGAGCUAACAUUGCUGUAUGCUGCCUUCAUGAGAGCCUGGAACUGCUGCAUGCAGAGGAAAUAUCUGUGCAAUUCAUAACAAUUUCUUGGUAGGAUAUUAUUUAUCCAUUUCCAUAGCUCAUAAUCAGUGGAGGAUGUAAAUUAGUUUUCUGGACCAAAUUGAUUUAUUAUUUCCCAUUCCAGAAUGAACACCCUUGUUUCAUUUUCAAUAGUACAGGUAAGAUAUCCUGUUCAAUUUAUGAUCCUUUAUAGAAAAGUACAAAGCAUUGUCACAGAAAUUAGGAGUGUAAUGAAUUACAAACCCCUGUUUUAUAAAGUGUCUUGUUUUAGCAACUGUUAUAACCUACAUGUACUUGAAGCCUCAAGCGAAUUGACAUUUUUUCUCCAAAUACUACGCCACAGUCACAUCUUUGCAUAUAUGUAUAUGUAAAUUUUAACAUAACGAUGAAUGCUGCGUUAGAGAGAAAUAUUCUGCAAUAUACACAACAUAUACACUACAAUAUAAAGCUCAAAGGAAGAUGCUUUUACGUAUUGAUAUCUUUUCAAGUGGCCAGCUGGUGAGCUACUGUCACAUCAAAGCAAACAGGAUUCUUUACCGUUCUUGUUGCUGCUGCAAUGAGAGUGCAUGCUACAGCAUAACAUUUGUAAUUAUGCGAGUAACAGCACAAGCAAGAAGAGGUAAAUGAGUUUGAACAAAAACGCCUAAAGAUCGUUAUUUCAAUUUGUGUUUACUUGUCACAGUUUCUAUUUCUAAUACUUGCUAAAUGUAGCACAGUCCUACAUGUACAUGCGAUUGUCAGUGUGUUGAGUACAUACAUGUAGUGAGAACACUCAUUGCUCUGUAUUGGAUGUGGCCGUCUGUCAUUGUGAUCUGGCUAUUCCACAGGUCAUAUGCAAAUAUGUGGCUGUGGCAUUUAUCGAUAAAGAUUUCAUACCUCUGUAGAUUCUUCAAGCAUUCCAUAAAUGUGGCUAAGUUUGCUGGCCUGGGCCCAGUCUUACAUAGAGUUAUGAUUGAUCCAAUCAAUCGUAACUAUGAAAAUCCAUCAGUGUCAUAAUUUUUUCUACAGGAAAUUUGCAAAAUGUCCUUUGUAAACAAAGGAGAACACACCAAAUUGUCAAGAAAUCAAUGAAUUUAUGGAUAUACAUUCAUAUGUAGAGAAAUCUUUUGAGCAAACAUGCAUUUUAUAUGUUGACUUUGCUGGCUUUCCAUAGUUGCGAUUGAUUGGAUCAAUCACAAGUCUUUGUAAGACAGGCCCCUGAAGUUAUCCUCUUGGUUUAUCAUUUUGACCAAUCCUUGACUUGAAUCAUUCAUUGUCUCAGGAAAUUGCAAUUGAUUUUAAUUCAUUAAUUAAUGCUAAGUUACAAUAGUAUUCUAAUUACUUUAAUACAGUAGUGUUAUCGUCACAGUCCAUUGGCAUUUGUUAACUAGUAGAUUGUUGAUUAUGGUAUAGCGAAUUCAUGCAAGUUUUAAUCAUUAAUCAUUUAGUUUGCCGGAUGCUUGAUGAGGAAGUUCAUUUUAAAAACUUGUAGUGGUGGAUUUAUCAAUUAGAAAUCAGUAAAUUUUCAUUUUUCAACAAACUAAUCCUUUUGAAAGUGGGCAAACGCACUUAUGUUUUAAGUGCAAACUGUUACAUGUAGAGUAUGUAGAAUUGGAAGCAGAAUAACAUCCUUGCAGAAGGAACAAUUGUCAUUAUUUCUCAAUAAUGCUAUAUAGUAUUCUAUGGGAAAUAAAACCUACAUGUAUUUGCUGUUGUAUUUUUUAAACUCUUUCAUGAACGUCACCUACAUGUAGUUGAGUUACUGGUUUCUGACCAAUUUAUUUUAACUUCUUUGUUUUUACAAAAUGCUGAUUUGACAUUGUAUAUAGAUGCUUUUACUCUGUAUAUAACCAAUCUGAAAUCAUGUAUAGCAUUAAAUGUCAUCUAAUGUAUGAUGGAACUAAGAGGUUUUGAUCUGAACCAAUGGCAUGGUUUUCUCGUCAUGGUUUUCCUUUCUCUUGAGCGAAAUUAACGAUUGUUAGAUUUCCUUGAAUCAUUUUAUUUCUUUUAUGUUAAUUCUGUUUUUCAUGGCAAUAUGAUAUCAUGCCUUUGACAUUAUAUACUGCUCUUUCUAAUGGUAAUAUUUCACAUAUCGAUGUUAUAAGAAAAUAACAAAAUUUGUUUGCACAAUUAGUGGAACUAUAUGUCUUCAUUGUAUGUCACAAUAUUAGCCUUCUGCUACAGAGCUUGCUUUUUAAUACCAACUUUCAUAUUGCAAUGAUAUAAACAGCAUAUCAUAUAAAUAAUAGCCAACAACUUGUAUAUGAAGAUAUUGGCACGAAUAUGGUAAUAUCUCAUAGAACAAUGCCAUGUUCAUAAGGAUGAAAAAUAUGAUUUUGAUACAAAACCAUUUACUAGGAGCUCAUCUUUGAUCGCCACUUUAGAGGCCCCAUUUCACAAAGAGCUACAACUAAUAUGGAAUCUCUGCUACGGCAACUUCUAUGGAAACUUUGAUGGUGAUUGGCUGCUGAGCCCCGUUUCCAUGGUAGUUGUUACAACAGCAAAGUUACUUUGGUUGGUAUUAUUUGUGAAACUGGCCCCAGAGCAGAAAAUGUUUGAAAAUAUGUUUCAAAAUGAAUAGUAGUAUCAGGAGAUCAGGUAAUUAAAUGAUUAUUUGUGUGUCUUAUUCUGUGUGACCAUUCACAGUGGUAUUUAAUUAACAUCUAUUACUUAAGCUAGUAUUGUAUCAGUACUCUUUAGGUGAGCUCUUGUAUUUAUUGAUAGAUUGAAUAUUAUUAUUAUGUAUGAUUAUCAAAUCUUGUGUACCUUGAUUGCUGUGAGAAGUUAUAGUCCGGUAGAUAUAUGCCAUUUUUAACUGUUGCAUAUAUUCUCGUAUUUGAGCAAGCGCUGUGUAAUUUUAAGUGUUGCGAUUGCAUCACAAGCAGCUGCCACAUGUGCAAAGACAAAUUGGCAACUUUAAUUUGUUUUCAAAUAGGAAACUUUUAUUUGUUUCCAAUGCUUCAUCAAUAUGGUGUAGUACUGUGUAUGGCAAGCAAAGUUGGCUAGCUUUCCAUACUCUGGUCAAAGAUUGACCUGUGUCAUCAUAAGUUAUAAUGAUAAAUUCCAUUGAUUUUUUUUUGUAAUUUAGUUAUGGAAUCUGACACACAUAUUUCACAAACAUGUGUUGUUUUUUCAUUGUUAUGUUUUUUGAAGUUUUUAUGUGUUAUUUAAAUAUUUAUUUAUCUCAAUGAACAUUGCGUGACAUGGAUCGAGAGCAGCUUCUGUGCAAUUUUCAUGGCUAAUGUGUUUUGUUUAAAGUAGUGAUCAGUGUGGGUUUUUCCUCGGAGUGAAAAUCUAGUUCAAUGUAUAUCAUGUGUAUAAUAUUAGAUCUAAAAUAGUGAUAUUUUUGAUAAAUUAUCUAAAAUAGUAGAAAAGUCUGCUGGACAGAGAAUGGAAUUAUAAACAGUGGGGAUGACUAUAAGAAAUGUGUAACUUUACCAUGGAAAUUUAUGAUGUUUAAUUACUAGUAAUGCCUUUAAAUGACUCAAUUAUGUUUAUCCAAUAUACUUUGAAGUGGGAGUGGAAAUUAUCUCAGGUACACUUUUCAUAAUUGAAGUAAAAAGGAACAUUAUGAUUUUUUUCAUGGAUAUAUAUAAAGUACUUGCUCGAGAAUUAUCUUUGAUUCUAAUAUCUAAAUUGCCAUAGAUGUAUAAAUCUUUGUAAUAUAUUAGAGAUAAAUUAAGUGCAUGAUAACAUUACAUAAACAUGUAAUACUUUC